UAGGAAACUCAAUUUAGAAAAGGCAUUUGGCAAAGAAUGCGUUAGAACCUGUUGAUCUCGACAUAUUCUUUAUCGCAAUACUCUUCUUUUUUAUAAAACUUUAUAGAAAAUUGUUGCUGGCUUUCUAUUGCCUAACUUGCAUAAGAUAUUGAAUUUUUUCUCACAUUUAUUAGUUUUACUUGACAAAGUUGCUUGUCUACCAACAAGGAUACAGUUCUCAUAGCCUAAGUAGCCUAUAUUGUUUAGGAGUUUGGUGUUUGUGAAAAAAAUUAUUUAAGUAAUUACUAUUAGUGAAGUUUAAUUGUUUACUAGAAAUGGCCGAAGGAAAUAGUGACAAAGAUCCAUAUUUCAAGUACAUCUAUGAACUGACAUAUUCUGAAAAGCAAAAAUUGUCUGAAAUACUUGACAUUCACAACAAGUGGGAAGAAUUAGGUGGAGUCUAUAUGAAAUACGAUGUUCCCACAUUGAACAAAUUCGCACAGGCUGUAUUGCGAAAUCAGUCUCCGACCAAUGAGCUUCUGACAGCCUGGCAAACACAAAACCACACUGUCCUCGAACUAUUCGUUCUGCUUUCCUCUAUGAGACAUUACCAGGCAAUGAAAGCCAUCAAACAUUUAGUGAAUCCGAAGUAUCAUGCUCUUCUGUAUGAGGGCGAAGGAUUUCUGGGAGGUCGAAGUUUCAGCGAGAACAACGGCAAUAAACCCCCCUCAGCUCCAACCGCUUCUGGCGCCUCCGCUGCAUCUCAAACUGGCACUCUUCCUCAGGACGGGAAACCCAUGGGAUACGGUGUCAAUCUAAUGGAGAAAGACAGCUUUAAUAAAUGUUCCAAGGUCUUGAAGGACUCAUUCUGCAAUCCUUCACUGAGAGAGGAAUCGAAAAUCGAUAACAAUUCGCCGAGCAAACUGCUAGGUUUGCAGCAGUUGUCUGUUUCCGACAAUAAUUCGAAUCUGAAUGGAGUUGGAGGGUUGGCAGUAGCUAACGCAAGUGCGGGCAUGGUUGCGGGAGCGGUUGCGGGUGCGGCUGCGUCCCUGCGGCCCUCUGCCGCCUCGCCGCAACUCAACAGCGCCCUCAAGGAAAGCAACCUGACCUCGUCCAGAAGAAAGUCUCCAGAUGCAGCUAGCUUCUCAGCGAGUGCCGAAGCUUGCACGCCGCACAUCAAUUAUCAAGAGCUGGAGAUAGCCACUAACAACUGGGAUAAGGCCAACAUACUUGGCAAGGGAGGCUUUGGAACGGUCUACAGAGGAACUUGGAAAAACACAGAAAUGGCUAUUAAACGUCUCACGCUACAGAAAGACACAUUGGCGGAAGAGUUGGUUGAGACGCAGCGCCAGCAAUCGUCGAAGGAGUUGAAGUACCUGAGCUCGUUCAGGCACGACAAUAUCCUGCCGCUGUAUGCCUACUCGAUUGGUGGCCAGGCGCCCUGCCUCGUCUACCAGUUCCUGCCCAACGGAUCGCUCGACGAUCGCUUGCGCUGUCGGAACAACACAAAACCUCUCGUGUGGCUGCAGAGACUGAAUAUUGCGAUUGGUACAGCUAGAGGAUUGCAGUAUCUUCACUCUGCUUGUGACAAGCCACUCAUUCAUGGUGAUAUCAAGAGUGCCAAUAUUCUUCUUGAUAAGAACUUUGAGCCGAAAAUCGGAGACUUUGGCCUGGCAAGAGAAGGCCCCCUGCAGCAGUACACUCACAUGGAAGUGAGCAAAGUGUACGGCACUAAGCCCUAUCUGCCCGAUGAGUUUCUCAGACAGAAGAAGUUCUCCAUCAAGGUCGACACUUACAGUUUUGGCGUGGUUUUGUUUGAAAUUGCAACGGGUUUACGUGCUUAUGAUGAUCAACGACAGAAAAAAUAUUUGUACGAAUUGGUGACGGAGAUGAGCGACGGGGACCUCCAUCAGCUGGUGGAUGCGAAGGCGGGUGGAGGGGGCAUCGCAAGCAGCACUGUUGAUGGCUCGCUGCACACGGCGACCGGCCUGCUGCAGCUGGGCAAGUGCUGUGUGCACAAGGUGCCUCGCCAGCGGCCCGACAUGGCCAACGUGCUCGACAAGCUCAACGUGCUGGUUGACGAGCGACGCAAGCUGCACAAGGCCAACUUAAUGGCUCGGCACAACAGCCUGCAGCCGACAACUCCGAUUGAGCUGCAAAUAGCACACGAUCACAGCCAACAGCGGCGACUUUCCGCACCAAACCCACCGAUAGUGCGUCAGUCUCACUUGAGCCAGCCGCAGCCAGUCGAGACGCUGAGUCCGCAGAUCAGCGUGACGCCUCCCUCCAAUGUGAACUCGGCAACAGCGAGCAGCAUCAACAGAACCCAGUCCCACUACUCUUCCACUACCAACAACAACUACGCCAACUCCAACCACUUGCCUAGGGUCCUCUCAUCUUACCAGGAGGAAAAUCAUAAUACGCAAGCAACAGCCUCCACUUCACCUUGCGAUGAUAUUCCUCUUCUUUCAGCUUUGGGUAUGAAGUGAGUUACGGCAGUUGAA